UGCCAAGCCAACCCUCAUCACAAUCCAUGGCCUGUGCCAUGGUUCAAGCUCAACCUCAAACAACCCUCAAGAAAAUCAACCACACUAGUCUGGCUGGGUACCUAAACACUCUUUUGCUGACGUCUUUUCUACCUUCACCUCUGUCAGCUUCCAGGGUCACCUUCAUUACCAAGACAUCACACCCCGAUAACCCUACCGACUUCCGGCCUGUCUCCAUAACUUAUGUUGUUACGCGCUGUCUGCACAAGAUUACCAUCAGGUGUUGGUCAUUCCAGAUCAUUCCCAAUGGAAAAACUACAACUUGCCUUCCUGCAACGUGAUCGCUGCUUCGAAGCGACCAAUCUUCUUCCCACCAUCUUGAGAGAAGCGCACUCCAAUUACACAAGUCGCGAAUUAGCUAUUCUUGACAUUUCAAAAGCUUUCGACAGCGCCCUACAUCAAACAAUUUUAAGGGUGACUGUAAGUCUCGGUAUGCCCCAAAUGCUUAGAGAAUAUCUUACACACAAAACCUCUCUAAUCCUCAAUUAUCUUUGUCUUCAUCUUCAUCUUUAUUACCUUGCCUUCCUCCCACUGAUGUAACUCUACUUGAUGGCUCCUUACUCCCUCUUCACUCUGUGUCCACUAAAAA